UAAUUUUCACUGAUUGAGCAGCCCAUAAAACGAACAAGCUUUUGUGUUACUACAUGAAAAAAUUAAAUAAAAUGGCGACAGGCGGAAGUCUGUAUUCUGUCUUUCUUUUGAUAAUUUGACACACGUGCCGCGUGGAGUUUUGCCCCGCAGCACGAUGGUUGCGACUACAGAGAAGAAGGCUGCGGCCGAGAAGAAGCCCGUAAAGGGUAAGGAGGACAGCAAGAAGCUGCCCGCUGUCCCAGAGUCAGUGCUCAAGCACCGCAAGAGGAGGGAAGCUCUCCGCACUCGCCGUCUACAGGUCACCCUCAAGAGGCGUUCAGCUGCCGUCAAGAAGAGGAAAGAAAUCUUCAAGAGGGCUGAACAGUACGUUAAGGAAUACCGCAUCAGGGAGCGAGAUGAGAUCAGGCUAGCCAGACAGGCGCGCAACCGCGGCAACUACUACGUGCCCGGUGAAGCCAAGCUCGCUUUCGUCAUCCGUAUCCGUGGUAUCAACCAGGUCUCACCCAAGGUACGCAAAGUUCUGCAGUUGUUCAGACUGCGUCAGAUCAACAACGGCGUGUUCGUCCGUCUGAACAAGGCGACCGUCAACAUGCUGCGUAUCGCGGAGCCCUACAUCGCUUGGGGAUACCCCAACCUUAAGAGUGUCAGGGAGUUGGUGUACAAGCGCGGUUUCGCCAAGGUGAACGGCCAGCGAGUACCCAUCUCGUCAAACACAAUCGUUGAACAGAAGCUCGGCAAACAGAACAUCAUCUGUGUUGAGGACCUCAUCCACGAGAUCUUCAGCGUCGGAGACAAGUUCAAGUACGCCAGCAACUUCCUGUGGCCCUUCAAGCUGAACAACCCGACUGGAGGCUGGCGCAAGAAGACCAUCCAUUACGUCGACGGAGGUGACUUCGGUAACCGCGAAGACAAGAUUAACGAGCUCCUGAGGAGAAUGGUCUAAGAAUAAAUAUAGAUUAUAAUUA